AGUCGCUACGGCUUCCUACGUUCGGGAAGAGACGGGCUUGGCGGGCGGGCGCGAUGCCGGAGCUGGCGGUGCAGAAGGUCGUGGUUCACCCCCUGGUACUCCUCAGUGUGGUGGAUCACUUCAACCGAAUAGGAAAAGUUGGAAAUCAAAAACGUGUGGUUGGUGUGCUCUUAGGGUCAUGGCAGAAAAAAGUACUUGAUGUUUCCAACAGUUUUGCAGUCCCUUUUGAUGAAGAUGACAAAGAUGACUCGGUCUGGUUUCUUGAUCAUGACUAUUUGGAAAAUAUGUAUGGAAUGUUUAAGAAAGUCAACGCCAGAGAAAGAAUAGUUGGGUGGUACCAUACAGGCCCAAAGCUUCACAAGAAUGACAUUGCUAUCAAUGAGCUCAUGAAGAGAUACUGUCCUAACUCAGUACUGGUAAUAAUUGAUGUGAAACCAAAGGACCUAGGACUGCCCACAGAAGCAUAUAUUUCAGUUGAAGAAGUUCAUGAUGAUGGAACUCCAACCUCCAAGACAUUUGAACAUGUGACUAGUGAAAUCGGAGCAGAGGAAGCAGAAGAGGUUGGAGUGGAACAUCUACUUCGAGACAUCAAAGACACCACAGUUGGCACCCUUUCUCAGCGUAUCACGAAUCAGGUCCAUGGCUUAAAGGGACUGAACUCCAAGCUUCUGGACAUCAGGGGCUACCUGGAGAAAGUAGCAAUGGGCAAGUUACCCAUCAACCACCAAAUAAUCUACCAGCUACAGGAUGUCUUCAAUUUGUUGCCUGAUGUCAACCUGCAAGAAUUUGUCAAGGCAUUUUACCUGAAGACCAAUGACCAAAUGGUGGUGGUAUACCUGGCCUCACUGAUCCGUUCAGUAGUUGCCUUGCACAACCUCAUCAACAACAAGAUUGCCAACAGGGAUGCAGAGAAGAAAGAGGGGCAGGAAAAGGAGGAGAGCAAAAAGGAGAGGAAAGACGACAAGGAGAAAGAUAAGGAUAAAGAAAAAGGAGAUGCUAAGAAGGAAGAGAAAAAGGAGAAAAAAUAAAACUUGGUGUGUUUUUUGGAAAAUUAAAAUAUUGCAGGCUAAAUGAGUAUGCUGCUAGAGGGUUCUUUUCACUUUUAAGUGCUUGUUAUAACAUUGUUUUGAUAGUUCUCUGCCUUAGCCCAGAAAGAGAAGUCCCUUGCUGUGGGAUCAUUCAAGUAAGUAGGAAGGUGAAGGGGACUGAGUUCACCUAAAGUGGCAGCUACAACACAGGCAUGUGGUAUUGGGGUUUUGUGGUCCAGGUCUCAAGCACUGGUUGAAAAUGAGGAGGAGCAAAGAUUUAGCAUAGCUUAAUUUUUCCCCAGUAAAACCAUGUUUUAAAAACCCAUUAUCUGCCCUUUUCUUAUCCUUAAGACUAUUUGGGUCUGUCCCCGGCUGGGUGAAAACUGCCAGACUGCAUCAGUGCAUGCACACUGCCUUUACCUGCCUGCAUUCUGUCCUUCCUCCUGAACUCUUUGUGGAGGAUCCCACACCAAGGGACUUGGAUUUCUGAGCCUAGAUUGCCUCAGCGGUCUCGGAAUUUGAGAUUCAGCUUCAUAUAUUGUUUACCUUUAAAGAAAUGAUUAAA